AUGCUGCAGAACCCCGUCACCUCCACCCCCUUCUCGGUCAAAGACAUCUUGCGGCUGGAGCGCGAGCAGAUUGGCCUUGAGGCCUUGCAACUCCAGGGAGCACGGAGGAGCCCGGAAAGCUCUCAGCACCUGCGACAGGUCCCAGAACCGCAAGGGUUGGUGGUUCACCACACUGGUAGGGGCGGCAGCGACAAAAGGAAGGACAUGUCGGAGCCUCCUGAAGGAUCCUGUGAGACGGUCACAGAGAUGGUCACGGAACGGAUGGGGGAAUCACAGCCUGGCCUCCUCGGCGGGACCCGGGGACCAGAACGCCGCGCUGGAAGCAGCGGCGACCGCACGCGCGGUGAGCGCGCGGAGCCGCCCAAAGAGCGGCAGCGGCGGAGGCCGCGCGUGCUCUUCUCGCAGGCGCAGGUGCUGGCGCUGGAGCGGCGCUUCAAGCAGCAGCGGUACCUGUCCGCGCCGGAGCGCGAGCACUUGGCCAGCGCGCUGCAGCUCACGUCUACUCAGGUCAAGAUCUGGUUCCAGAACCGGCGCUACAAGUGCAAGAGACAGCGCCAGGACAAGUCCUUAGAACUGGCGAGCCACCCCCUGGCGCCGCGCCGGGUGGCGGUGCCGGUGCUGGUGCGGGACGGGAAGCCCUGCCUAGGCCCUGGCGCGCCAGCCUUCCCGGGUCCCUACGGCGUGGUCGCAGGGCCCUAUUCCUGUUACAGCGGCUACGCGGGAGCUCCCUACGGCGCCGGCUACGGCGGAGGCUACGGGAGCGCGCCUCCGGGCCCCGCGCCGCCCGCGCCCCUGGCCAGCGCGAGCUUCCGCGGGGGUGGCUCGAGCGCCAGCCCACCCGGCCAUCUGCCCGCCUCGCUGCAGGGUGUCCGGGCCUGGUGA